ACGUGAUCCACAGUGUCACAAGAUGGCCGACGAACCUCCUCCUCUGGAUGUUGAAGCUAGCCCUCCACCAGAUGAUAACGACGAAUUAUCAGAGGAUAACAUAUUCGGCAAGCCAUCAUUAGACGAGCCAGAGCCUGCGAAAAAGGAAGAAACCAAAAAGGAAGAAGAUCUUUUUGGAGAGGAAGAGGAGACAGAGGCUCCACCUGCAUCCACUGAACGCCCACACACUGACAGCGAGCCACCAACACUGGAACCCGAUGAUCCGGAGCCUCCUCCUCCAGUAGUGGAAGUACCUCCGGCUGCAGAGAAACCAGUCACCACCUCAGCUCCGAGUGGAGGGGAUCUCUUUGACGAAGAAGGAGAGGAGGAGCCUAAGCAGAAACCAGUUACACAGGAAGCCGAGGCUCCUGCUAGCAAGGAGGAAGAGGAGGAGGAGGAAGAAGAGGAUGUUGAUCAAUAUGAGCUGACCAUUACUGUAGCUGAACCUGAGAAAGUUGGUGAUGGAAUGGGUGCUUACAUGACUUAUCUCGUCACAACAAAAACAACUCUUCCCUCGUUUAAAGAACCAGAGGUCUUUGUCAGGAGGAGAUUCAGUGAUUUCUUGGGACUUUACUAUCGUCUGUCAGAGAAGUUCAUGUGCAUGGGAUACAUAGUCCCUCCAGCACCUGAGAAAAGUGUUACAGGCAUGACAAAGAUCAAGUUUUCAAAGAAUGAGGAGAAUAGCGCCCUUUUCAUACAAAGGAGAAGAGCUAACCUUGAAAGAUUUUUGAACAGAUUAGCCAUACAUCCAGUCAUCAGGAAAGAUGAAGAUUUUAAGAUGUUCCUUGAGAACCCAGGAGAACUACCCAAAGCCAAAGACACUUCUGCCAUGAGUGGUGCUGGACUGAUGAGGCUCGUUAAGAAUGUGGGCGACACUUUCUCUAAGAUAGCUGGAAAGAAAGGAGACGUUGACUCUUGGUUUGACGAUAGACAGUCUGAGUACGAAACACUUGAUACCCAUCUAAAGAAACUCCAUUCCUGUAUUGAGAGUAUGAUUAGUGCUAGGAAAGAGUUGUGUGGUUGUACUGCUGGUCUUGUGAAGAACUUGGCAAUGCUAGCUAACGUGGAAGAGAACAAUUCCGUCUCACGUGCUCUGACUCGUCUCUCUGAAGUAGAGGAGAAGGUGGAGUCCCUUCACUCUGAACAGAGUAACGUUGACCUUUAUGUCUUUGGGGAGACCAUUCGUGAUUACGUUGCACUCUUGGGAUCUUUAAGAGAGACGUUCAAUCAACGAGUGAAGAAUUAUGGUGUUUGGACUAAUGCUCAGAAGACCCUCCAGAGCAAGAGAGAUUCUGAAGCUAAAAUGCAAACAACAGGAAAAACUGACAAGCUCCCGAUAGUCCAGGCUGAGAUAAAAGAUUGGGAACAAAAGGAGAAGGAUGCCGAGAAGGCUUUUAACAAAUGCUCGAAAGUUUUGAAAAGAGAAGUAGAACGUUUUGAAACGGUCCGUACUAAGGAAUUUAAGGCAAAGUUUUUAGAACACUUAGAAGCUCUCAUGCACAUGCAAGAGGAGCUCAUUCGUCUCUGGGAAGGAUAUCUCCCAGAUGUGCAGGCCAUUGAGGCUGAAUCUUAGUAACAUGCUCCCCACGUCUUAGCUCUAGGUUUCUGAUAGCACUAAUAAACUGCUCCUGCUGCUGCUCUAUAUUAUUAUUGUAAUUAUUAUUAUACAGUACCUGCUGUGUUUGUGAUAAACUUUAUGAUAUCUAUAUUGUUAUUAUCUAUUGUUAUUAUUAUUGGCAAUUAUUCUAUUGUUUAUUAUUGGCAAUUUUUUUUCCUAUUGUUAAUGAAGAUUUCUUUAUAAUGAUCGUUUUAGUAAAUUAAA